AUACUCUAUAUAUAGUGAGUGUUACUAGUGUCAGUACUGUCAGUACCAUGUAGGACCAGUACGGUGGUGGGGGGAGGGGGAGUAUCAGCCGCAAAUUGCAAAUCGCAAUUAUUAAGUACUUACUUAAUACUUACUAUGCAUACCCGCGUCCAGCGGAGAAGACACCAAGUGUCAGGAACAGUUAUUAGUUAUCUUUAGGUAAGUGACUGUCAGUGUCACUAUACUUUGAUCAAUCGCGACUGGGCGGUCAUUUUCGGUUAUUAUUUUAUACAAUCACUAAUUCACUAUAAAUAAUGAUUAUUUGUGUAAUUCAGUUUUUCUAUUUUAUUUAAAAAUCUGCAAGAUAAAGUGCUUACUGCUAAAGUUUUUGCAAUUGUAACAAUAAAACGUAAGGUAUACGCAAUUUGCAACAGAGAUGAUGAAAUAUUUGCAAUUUUGUGAAAAGCGACUGAUUCACUUCAUUCAUUGGAACUUUCGAAAGAAGAAUUAAGCCGUAAAAUAAGCAAAUGCAACAGUACUUAUAUUUUCAACGACACGCGGGCCCACACCAGAUACCGCACUCAGCGCCUCCAAUAAUCCAUCCAACCAACGCAUCAACGCAGCUGAAUUAUACUUAGUCCCGUCUUCGUUUCUCCUCUUUCCGUUUAUUGUUCGUGGGGUCUCCCGUCACGAAAAUCGCUGAUAAAAUGUUUCAGAAUUUUGUGGCAUGCAGGGCAAAUCUGUCGGGAAUAGCUCGAACGACUCACACACGAACAAAAUUCACCUAUUAUUCAAGUCCAGCAAUAACAAGAUGUUCCACACCAUGGAUAACUUGCAAUCCGACGUCAUGCUCACAAGAUCUACAAACUCAUCGAUUUUACUCCAAUCAGAGAGCUCCUGGCUUCAUUUCAAAGUUUGUGGAAAACAUAAAGCAGGAAAUGCAGAAAAACAAAGAAAUGAAGGAAUCACUGAAAAAGUUCAGAGAAGAAGCUGAGAAAUUAGAGCAGUCCGAUGCAUUGAGAUCAGCUAGGCAAAAAUUUCAAACUGUUGAGUCUGAAGCCAGUAAAGGUUCUGAAGUUUUAAAGGAAAAAAUUGAGGGUCUUAGAGGAAAGGUGCAUGAAGUAAUCGAAGAAGCGAGCAAAACCGAAUUGGGAAAGAAAGCAGGUCAGUUGGGAGAAGAACUAUCUAAGACUGCAAAAGGAGCAGCAGAAACAAUUUCAGAAAAAAGUCAGGCUUUUGGGAAAACUGGAGCUUUUCAAACCAUAUCUCAAACUGCUGAAGCUGUCAGAAAGGAAUUAGAUCAUCAUGGGAUGGAAGGAAGGGUAUAUAGUGCUCCAAAGGAAUUAAGAAAAAGAAAAGAAAUUGUUGAUACUGGUGAUGAGAAACCAGUAGAAGCAAACUUUGAUGCCACAGGAGUAGAGUUGCAUAAAGAUUCAAAAUUCUAUCAGUCUUGGCAGAACUUUAAGGACAAAAAUCCGUAUGUAAACAAGGUACUCGAUUGGAAAAUCAAAUAUGAAGAAUCUGAAAAUCCUGUGGUGAGAGCCUCGAGGCUUCUUACUGACAAAGUAUCCGAUAUUUUUGGUGGACUUUUUCAAAAGACGGAAUUGUCGGAAACGCUCACGGAGAUCUGCAAACUCGAUCCAAGUUUUGACAAAAUAAAAUUUCUCAAGGACUGCGAAACCGACAUUAUUCCGAACGUUCUCGAAGCUAUGAUUCGAGGCGAUUUAGAAAUUUUGAAAGACUGGUGCCACGAAGCUCCUUAUAACGUUAUAGCACAGCCUUUGCAGCAAGCAUUUAAGCUUGGUUAUCGUUUAGACAGCAAAGUUUUAGAUAUCGACAAUGUAGAUCUGCUGAUGGGUAAAGUGAUGGACCAGGGCCCAGUUUUGGCUAUUAGUUUUACGUCUCAGCAGAUAAUGUGCGUGAGGGAUGCGAAAGGUAAUGUCGUCGAAGGUGAUCCUGAAAAAGUCAUGAGAGUAAAUUACGUCUGGGUUUUGUGCCGAGAUCCUGCAGAACUUAAUCCAAAAUCUGCGUGGAGGCUACUUGAAAUCGGAGCCAACAGUUCCGAGCAGUUUGUCUAGUGAGCCUACAAUUGCCUACCGCUUAAAAGCCAAAAAAAGAAAAUUUCUGUGAAAUUUUUUUGUCACCGUUGAGAGCGGGACUCGAGUCUGUUUUCUAUGUUCUACCAAUAUUGUACAAUAGAAAGAGAUCGAAAAAUUGCAACGUAGCAAAUAUAUGAAAACAUAAAGUGGAGCUCUGCAUUCGCCAUGCAAUACCGCAGUAGUGGUAAAUCUAACUCUCGCAGAUUUUUUCAUAAAUGAUAUCAAAAAAUAAAUUUGGCACAUCUAUAACUUUUAAAUCCGUGAAAAAGUAUUAAAUUUUCAUAGAUUUUUCAAGGUUGACUAUGGAACUCCACUUUAAAGAGCGCAAAUGUAGAGUUUGGAUUAUGUGCAAGUGAACAACACGUAAUCAUGCAGAAUCAUGUUAACUGUUGCUGUAAAAUGAACCGAAACAAAACUGUAUAUGAAGUUGUAAUAAGUCGAGAGGGAGUUGUAAGGAAAGUUUUGAAUUAUUGAUGUACAUAUAAUAUAAUAUAUAUUUACGUCGACGAAUAUCCCAAGCUAUAAACGUAUUUAUACGUUUUUGGGAAAACAUGUUACUAUGUAUGACAGAGUCGUAGUACUAUUUUCUUUGUAAAUACAUGCUUUUUUAUAAAAGCUUUCUUUGUUAACAUUUAUUUUCAACUUUUUCCAUAUGAUAAUUAAGUCUAUAUUGAUUAAAAUAGUUAAGUUUUGUAAAUAGACACUUUUUGAAAUAUAGCUAUAUUUUCAAAGCUUUAUGUCGCUAGAACAAUAUUUAUAAUUUAACACAAUCCGCAAUUUUGUGCGUUGGGUGUAAAAUAUAUGUACAAAUAUAAAAGAUAGAACUAUACAACUGAA